UUGGGCCUAUGGAUGAAAUCUGGGUUUCACCAAAAAUAAAAAAGAACCCCGUGAAAGCAAAACCCUAGUUCCCUCCCUUUCAUUCCCACAACAACAGAGCCGCGGCAAGAAACUCGUGUCCCAGUCUCUGCCACCGAUUCCACAAUGGCUUCCGAAAAGAAACUCUCCAAUCCCAUGCGAGAAAUCAAGGUCCAGAAACUCGUCCUCAACAUCUCCGUCGGCGAGAGCGGUGAUCGUCUCACUCGCGCAGCCAAGGUUUUGGAACAACUCAGUGGCCAAACCCCUGUUUUCUCCAAAGCUAGGUACACUGUGCGUUCGUUUGGGAUCAGAAGAAACGAGAAGAUCGCUUGCUAUGUGACGGUGAGGGGUGACAAGGCGAUGCAGCUUCUGGAGAGUGGUUUGAAGGUGAAGGAGUACGAGCUGCUGAGGAGGAACUUCAGCGACACUGGCUGCUUCGGCUUCGGCAUUCAGGAGCACAUUGAUUUGGGAAUCAAGUAUGAUCCUUCGACUGGUAUUUAUGGAAUGGAUUUCUUUGUUGUUCUUGAGCGCCCUGGCUAUCGCGUGGGACGUCGUCGUCGUUGCAAGGCUCGUGUUGGAAUCCAACAUCGUGUCACUAAGGAGGAUGCAAUGAAGUGGUUCCAAGUUAAAUACGAAGGUGUGAUCCUAAACAAGUCCCAGGCAAUUGUCGGUUAAAUCAGGCUAUUCGUAAGUGCAAUUCCCGAUUUAUGUUGUUCAUUAUAGUUUCAUGUUUAUUUUCUUGAAUUAGUACGGAUAUUACUCUUACAGGUCAAUUGAGCUGUUUUUGACAAUUUUUUUUUUAAUAUUAUUAAAUUUUGGCGAAUGCUCUACAUGUAUUUUUAGCAUUUAUCUACUCACUACUAGCGUGAAUUUGAAUUACAUGGAUAAUAGUUCAAUGUUUUUGCUUUGUUU